AUGCCCGUCGACUCGGACGAGCCCUGCCACCCCGAAGCGUGCAAGAUCCAAAACUGCCUCAUGAACCGCGGCUACGACGACACAAAGUGCGCCCAGCAGAUCACCGCCCUGUACCUGUGCUGCCAGCAGUUCUACAAGCGCAACGGCGACGACGCGAGGUGUGCGGCGUGCCCGAGGCCAGACUUGCUCACCCGCAAGCUCGAAGAGCGAGGGCUCGGCGAGCAGGGCAAAUAG